AUGGAAUUUAUUGAGCUUAUACUUAUUAACAAAUUAGAUGGCGUUAUCUUAAAGUACCCUCAUCAUGACAACGUGGAUGGCACAGUCUGCAUCACUGGACACCACUUAAUUUUAAGUUCCAGAAAAGAAGGCGUUAGAGAAUUAUGGCUUUUACACAAAAAUAUAGACUAUAUAGAAAAGAAAGAAAAUAAAGUAAGUGGUGGUAUAGUUCAAGGGGGAUCUCUCUUUUUGAAAUGCAAGGAUCUCAGAAUAUUCCAACUAGACAUCAGCAAUACAACGGAACUAAAUCUAGUAACACAAACCCUAGAAAAUCUUUCUAGUAUACAAGAUCCAAGCCUUUUCUAUCCAUUCUUUUAUAGACAUAUGCAUCCUAUUAUGGAAAAUGGAUAUACAUUGUACAGUAUUGAAGGGGAGUUCACAAAAGUUCUAGCAACAGAAGAAUGGCGAAUCUCAAGAGUCAAUCAACAUUAUACAGUAUGCCCGGCUUAUGGUAAGGCUGUAGUUGUUCCUAAGAGAAUAGAUGAUGAAACAUUAGCUGCUGCUGCCUCUUUCAGACAAGGAGGAAGGUUUCCUGUGCUGUCCUAUAGACAUAAUAAUGGUGCUGUGCUUUUAAGAGCAGGACAGCCAUUAUAUGGACCAAAACAUCGCCGUUGUCGACCAGAUGAGGCAAUUUUAAAUACUGUAGUCAAUGUUGGGAUGAAAGGUGUUAUUUAUGACUUGCGAAGUACAAAUUCUAUAUCACAACAACAAAAUAAAGGGGGAGGAACUGAGAGUGCCGCUAAUUACUCUCAGUGGAAAAUAUAUAACAGGUCAAUGGAUGAAGUUGAUAAUCAGCAACAACUCUUGGAAAAUUUUUCUAAACUUAUUGAAGCUUGUGUGGAUCGUGACAUAUCGUCCGACAAGUGGAUAUCGAGAUUGGAGUCAUGUGGAUGGCCGGAGUCAGUCAGGAAUGCAUUACACACUGCCUGCAUUGUUGCACAACAUAUACACCAAAAGGCUGAACCAGUCCUCAUUCAUGGAACGCGUGGAGAGGAUGCGACGUUAUUAGUUUGUUCUUUAGUACAAAUUAUUUUAAAUCCAGACUGCCGGACGAUUAGAGGUCUUCAAGCCCUAAUAGAACGUGAAUGGCUCCAAGCGGGUCAUCCGUUCGGCUCCCGUCUCCGCUCAGGGCCCUACUCCUCAUCGCAGGCGAGGGCAGCCCCAACUUUUCCCCUGUUCUUGGACUGCGUGCGGCAAUUCCUGGAGCAGUUCCCCUGCAGCUUCGAAUAUAGGCAGAGCUUCUUGAUCGUUUUGUUUGAACAUGCGUAUGCUAGUCAGUUUGGCACAUUCCUGUGCGACAGUGACCAGGAGCGCGCCACCCGCAGCGUGUACGAGCAGACCACGAGUAUCUGGUCGUGGCUCAAUCAGCCCGACGAGCUUACCGCCUACAUCAACCCCCUGUACGACCCCACGCCCACUGUCAUAUGGCCAUCCGUAGCCCCCAUGAGCUAUGUCAUAUGGGAAGAGCUAUACCUCCGCUGGCUGGUGCAGCAUCGUACAGAGGAGAGAGAGGAGCAGUACAGAGUGAUCCGCACCAGGGAGCAGCACCUGCGCGCGCAAGCUUUACAGCUGCGACGGGAAUUACUCGAUCUAGCACAUCAGUAUUAUGCUGAAAAUAAG